AUGAUUGACGCUUCUUUCUUUCGGGAGAUGAACCCUAAUUACGCACGACCAAAGGUGGACGGCAGUAGCUCAGCAAUCGGCUGCAUUGAUUUCUUUGGCGGUUCGAGCACAUCGACUGACAGCACAGAAAAAGUGCGAUACGCCGACCUGGAGGCAAAUGAAUUAGAGCUCACUGAUUUGCUCGUCUGUUGCCCAACCGUGCCGGGUUUUAGUUUCACAGACAAAUUAUGGUUGGAAUUCGCUGUCGCUGAUAUCGAACUUAUCAGCUGGUCCUCUGAUCCUUUUGACUGCUUAGAGAUUCCAAGCCAAUACAAAGAGAUAAUCAUGGCUCUCGUCAGCAAUCAGAUAAAUCGCGACAAGGACAAAGUUUUUGAUGAUUUCGUUGCUGGCAAAGGACGAGGCAUGAACGUGCUAUUGCAUGGUUCCCCGGGAGUGGGAAAGACCCUGACUACAGAAGCCGUUUCCGAACAUUUGGAACUCCCCUUCUAUUCUGUAAGUCUUCUGGUGCCCAUCCCUGAUUCCACUCAUGUUGUAUAA